GCGUUCCUAUUGGCUGAGCGGUGUGUCAGCGUUACCUUCGAGCUUCACAUACCACGCUACUAACAGCAUGACCGCUGAUACAGAUAAGCGGGGUACACAGCCGCUGGAUAUACGGAAGAAGACGGGGACGCACUUUUGUUAUGUUUGGUCCUAGUCGGAAUGGGAGAGCAUCAGAUCUACGUGAAGCUCAGUGAAGAAAAGCUCAUACCAAAGUCUGACAUCUUGUCUCUGCUCAGGACCUACAACUGCUACCACGAAGGCAAAAACUUCCAGCUGAGGACUCGUGAGGAGGAAGGAGAGCUCAUCCUCGAAGGGCUCUUGAACAUUUAUUGGGGUCUGUGUCGGCCAAUUCGACUUCAGAUGUUCGAUGACAAUGAAAGGUUCUGUCUCAACAGAUCCACCGUGACACAGAGGUCACCCACUGAGUUCAACAACAACUCCCAGAUCAGGAGAACUGCACCUGCUGGUGAUGAGGAGGGUGUCCAGGAGGAAGAAGACUGCCCUCAACUGCUGAGGACCCGGAGCGAUGCUUCCUUCAUGCGGGUUCAGAGGAGGUCAAACACACACACUGCAGGAGACCUGCAGCGCUUGCGCACACACCGGUUCUCGAUUAACGGUCACUUCUACAACCACAAGACAUCUGUGUUCACUCCAGCCUUUGGUUCAGUCACUAAUGUUCGAGUAAACAGUUCCAUGACAACCAGACAUGUCCUAAACCUUCUUCUUCAUAAGUUUAGGGUGGAGAACAAGUGUGAAGAGUUUGUUUUGUAUAUGGUGCACGAGUCUGGUGAGAGAAGUCGGCUGAGGGAUGAUGAGCAUCCUCUGGUGACUCGAGUGCUUUAUGGACCGUGUGAGAAAAUCUCAAAGAUCUUCAUCAAGGAGGCUGACCUGGGAGAAGAAGUCACAUAUGAUGUUGCACAGUACAUCAAGUUUGAGAUCCCCGUUCUGGACAGCUUUGUGGAGAAACUUAAAGAAGAAGAAGAGCGUGAAAUCACCAAACUGACCAAGAAGUACAGCGCCCUGAAGUCCAUGAUUUUACAUCAACUUGAAAGCAAAGUUCUCACCAGUGACAGAGUUUAAGUCUUUCUGUUUUAAGGGUUUAUAGCUGGUUGUAAGGAUCAAAGGUGGUGUAAAGAUAACAUUGUACCUUACAUUUUUUUAAUAUACAGCCCUGUAGCAGAUGUUGCCAUUUGCAAUGUGUCUCUACUUCUAGAACUAGAUUCAUGUAUUUCUCUAUUUUAUAAGAACUUGUUUUUAUUACAUAGCUAAUAAUAUUGUGUUGUAUUGUCACAUUUUUAAUGAAAACUGCACAUAUUAAUAUUUAAAUAAAAUGUCUUUUAUGAAAUUCC